AUGUCGCACCAACACGAAAACAACCUCACCGAGAAGGAUCUGAAGCGCGACUUGGAGAAUGAGCCUGGUCUGAACAACACUCCUUCCAUCGCUGGAGCCCAAGUUCACGAUGAUGUCUUUGGUGAUAUCACCGAUGAAGGUCCCAACUACCGAGCUGUCGGAUGGAUUGGCACCGUCGCUCUCAUGAUGAAGACCCAGAUCGGUCUUGGUGUUCUGUCCAUCCCAGCUGUCUUUGACGUCCUAGGAAUCGUCCCCGGUAUCAUCUGCCUCAUCGUUAUCGCCGCAAUCACAACUUGGUCCGGCUACAUGGUCGGUGUCUUCAAGCGCAACCAUCCUCAAGUAUACGGUAUCGACGACGCGGGCCACCUCAUCUUUGGUCGCAUUGGACGCGAAAUCUUUGGUGUUGCCUUUUGCUUGUACUGGAUCUUCGUCGGAGGUUCCGGUAUGCUCGGUCUUUCCAUCGGUCUCAACGCUGUCUCUGUCCACGGUACCUGCACAGCAGUCUUUGUCGCUGUCGCAGCCAUCUGCGGUUUUCUUCUCGCCAGUGUCCGUACUCUUGGCCGCAUCAGCAUGCUCGCCUGGCUCGGUCUCGUCUGCAUCUUGACUGCCAUCUUCACCGUCACCAUCGCCGUCGGUGUCCAGGACCGUCCUUCCGAUGCGCCCAAGGGCGGCGAGUGGAAGUCCGACUGGAAGGUCGUUGGCAACCCCUCCUUCACCCAGGCCAUCUCGUCCAUCGCGUCUCUCAUCUUUGCCUAUGCUGGUACACCUGGUUUCUUCUCUAUCGCUGCUGAGAUGAAGAACCCUGCUCAGUAUACCCGUUCUCUGAUUGUGUGCCAGAGUGGUGUCACUCUCACUUACCUCGUCAUCGGUAUCGUUGUGUACCUGUACUGUGGAUCUUACGUCGCUUCUCCCGCUCUCGGUUCAGCCGGUCCCUUGAUCAAGCGCAUCGCCUACGGUAUUUCUCUGCCUGGUCUUUUGGCCACAACCGUCCUGGUCAUUCACUUUGCCGCCAAGUACGUCUUUGUUCGUCUUCUCCGAGGAACCAAGCAUCUCGCUUCCAACAGCGCUGUCCACUGGGGAACAUGGAUCGCCUGCACUCUCACCACCACCGUCAUCGCCUACCUCAUCGCCUCCGGUAUUCCCGUCUUUGGUGGCCUUGUGUCUCUUGUCGGUGCCCUUUUGGGUACGCUGAUGUCCUUCCAGCUCUACGGAUGCAUGUGGCUCUAUGACAACUACGCCAAGGGCAAGCGUGACCCCACCACCAAGUGGUACCUCAUGGUUGCUUUCAGCAUCUUUGUUAUUGUUUCUGGAACCUUCUUGAUGAUUGGUGGUACCUAUGGAUCUAUUGUUAGUAUCAUGGACUCGUACAAGAAGGAUGGCGGCUCCUCCGCUUUCUCUUGUGCUGACAACUCCAAUUCCACUUGA